AUCAACUCUUGUCCAUCAGUGACAAAAUGUAUCCGCCAACACACCACUAUGCUGACGGCCAUCCGGGAUCUAUCGCCGCCACCGGACUUCCGGAAAACAUUCCUAAACAGCCUUAUGUCCCUCAUCCUCUACUCUCCCCUCAUGUCGUUGCCGGAAGGGUACCGGGAAGGUGGUCAACCGGUCUUUGCCACUGCUGCGAUGAUCCUGCAAAUUGUUUCAUCACUUGGUUUUGUCCCUGCAUUACUUUUGGACAGAUUGCUGAGAUAGCGAGUAAAGGUUCAUCGCCUUGUGCAGAAAGUGGGAUGAAAUAUGCACUGCUUCUUGUGACUGGUUUUGCAUGCUUAUAUUCAUGUUUCUAUCGAUCAAAAUUGAGGAGCCAAUAUGACUUGGAAGAAUCACCUUGUGUGGAUUGCCUUGUGCAUUUCUGCUGUGAAACAUGUGCACUUUGUCAAGAAUACAGAGAGCUGCGUGAGCGUGGAUUUGAUAUGGGAAUAGGUUGGGAAGCCAACAUGGAUAGGCGACAACGUGGAGUAACAGUAGCUCCAAUUAUAACUUCGGGAAUGAGAAGAUGAAUUAGUCCUCUUGGUUUAAUUUUAUGUAAUUGCAAUUUUUGCUUGUCAAAAUUUCGUUUUUUUUUUUUCAUUCAUAAUUGUUUUGGUCUCUGUGUGAGUUGGUGUGAACCAUAUGUAGUUGAUUGA